CAGCUGCUACCAAGUCCAUUUCCAGUCCAGCCUCUGCUGCUUGCUUUCUCACAACGCGCACACAAGCACACACACGCACGUAUUCACUGGUUUGGUGUGGUGGGGCACAUCAACCGGACAACAAAGAGACGCACAGGGGGGGCUCACACACUGCAGCCAGGACAGCAUCACAUAUCACCGGCGUCCAGUGUCAGGGACGAGCGCACUGAACUCCUUUCUCACAUCUGCUGGGAAUUAAAGCGUCAGUCAGACUGGAGGUGACCGUCACAGAAGCGUUAAUUGCUCGCGUAGACAGUACUGCCGUACUUGUGAGCCUCGGUAGCGAAAUGGAGAUGGAGCAUUUUGACGAGCGGGACAAAGGUCAGAGGCACAGCCGCUCUAGUGCGAAGAUGAACGGUGUGCUGAGUCCCACACACAGCGCCCACUGCAGUCUGUACCGGACCCGGACCCUGAAGACACUGAGUGCGGAGAAGAGAGCCAAGAAAGUCCGCUUCUACCGCAAUGGAGACCGGUACUUCAAUGGGAUUGUGUACGCCAUUUCUGCUGACAGGUUCCGGACCUUUGACGCCCUGCUGGCGGACCUGACCCGUUCCCUAUCCGACAAUGUCAACCUGCCACAGGGCGUCCGGACCAUAUACACCCUGGAUGGGUCAAAGAAAAUCACCAAUAUUGAACAGCUAGUAGAAGGUGAAAGCUAUGUUUGCAGUUCGACCGAAGCCUACAAAAAGUUGGAUUACGCAAAGAACGUGAACCCCAACUGGUCAGUGAACGUCAAGGCUGCGGCAGCAUCGUCCCGCGGGCUUCCGUGUCUGGGCAGCACCAAGACCACCACCUCAGAGGGUCGCGAAAGCAAGGACUUCAUCCGUCCGAAGCUCGUGACGGUGGUGCGGAGCGGAGUGAAGCCCCGGAAAGCAGUGAGGAUUCUUCUGAACAAGAAAACAGCCCAUUCCUAUGAACAGGUCCUUACCGACAUCACAGACGCCAUAAAGCUCGACUCUGGAGUGGUGAAGAAGAUCUACACGGUGGAUGGCAAACGGGUGUCAUGCCUGCAGGACUUCUUUGGUGACGAGGACAUCUUCGUGGCUUGUGGACCAGAGAAGUUCCGCUAUCAAGAUGACUUGAUGCUGGAUGAAAGUGAGUGUCGUAUGAUGAAAUCAUUGAUCUAUGGGAGGAUGUCAGGCUCUUUGAACCGAGGCUCCCCCAGAACUGUUGUCCAAUCGCUGCGCAGCAAGUCGCCUGCAUCUGUGAACGGGACGCCGGCCAGUCAGCUGUCAACUCCUCAUUCGGGAAAAUCUCCCAGCCCCUCCCCAACCAGUCCAGGCAGCCUUAGCCGACGUAGGGGGUCCCAGGGUUCUUCCACCUCUCUGUCUUCCACUAAAGGUUCGAGCCCAGUGGAAGAUGGUGAUGGACUCGUUCCUGAAGCUGAAGUUCUAGUCAAUGAGGUUCCAGCUGUGCCGUCCUACAUAUCAGACCGUUACAAGGUGGGGCGAAUGUUAGGAGAUGGGAAUUUUGCAGUCGUCCGGGAAUGCACGGAGCACUCCACAGGACGAGAGUACGCUCUGAAGAUCAUCAACAAGGGCAAAUGCAGAGGCAAGGAGCACAUGAUCCAGAACGAGGUGGCCAUACUUCGCCGGGUCAAACAUCCAAAUAUCGUCUUACUCAUCGAGGAGUUUGACACUUACAACGAGCUCUACCUGGUCAUGGAGUUGGUCAAGGGGGGAGAUCUGUUCGAUGCCAUCACCUCUGCCAAUAGAUACACAGAGAGAGACGCCAGCGGCAUGCUCCACAAUCUGGCCAGCGCCAUCAAAUACCUUCACAGCCUCAACAUUGUCCACAGAGACAUCAAACCAGAAAACCUGCUGGUGUACGAACAUGCAGAUGGCAGCAAGAGCCUCAAACUGGGAGACUUUGGUUUGGCGACCGUGGUGGACGGACCCCUCUACACUGUCUGCGGGACCCCAACAUAUGUAGCACCUGAAAUCAUUGCAGAAACAGGGUAUGGUCUUAAGGUUGACAUCUGGGCAGCUGGAGUCAUCACCUAUAUCCUCCUGUGUGGUUUCCCACCCUUUCGGGGGAGCAGUGACGAUCAAGAAGUGCUUUUUGAUCAGAUACUAAUGGGACAGCUAGAAUUUCCUCUGCCCUACUGGGACAAUGUGUCAGAGACCGCUAUGGAGCUGAUUCGAUCCAUGCUGGAGGUGGAGGUCGAUAAGAGAUACACUGCCCUCCAGGUGCUGGAGCACCCCUGGGUCACUGACGAGGGUCUGUGCGAGAAUGAACACCAGCUGUCGGUAGCAGGAAAGAUAAAGAAGCACUUCAACACCAGCCCAAAAGGCACUGACACCACUGCAGGAGUGUCAGUCAUUUCUUUGGAUGACAGCUUUUCUAUGCAGAGAUCUGGGUCGUUGGAUUUCUACCAGCACCCGGCCAUGUACUGGAUAAGGCCACCCCUCUUGAUAAGGAGAGGCAGGUUCUCGGACGAGGAUGCCACCCGGAUGUGAAACCGCUGCCGCUGCAGAUGAUGCCAACUGUGAAUUCAGUAACAACAACAACAAAAACACUACGGGCGGAGCC